UUUAAAGGGAAGACGGGAGGCAGAAAAAUUGUGUGAAAAUUUUUCUCGUCUUCGUCUAAUUUUUCAAUUAGUUUAAUUAAACUUAAUGAAUAAUUUAUUAAAGUUUUAAAACGAAAAAAAUAAAUUCUUUACUGUACUAAUCCAAUCUGUGCAUUAAUAAUGUCAUAUAAUGUAGAUGAGAUGAGUUGGACAGAUGUCCGGAAUCUGUUCCGAAAGUGGCGGGACGAUAAUGAGCGCAAGAGUGACGAUGUGAUGCAGUUAUGGGACGUAAUUUUGUCGGAAAAACAGAACAAACUCGGUAACGAACGUCAUCUGGUGCUUGAACAGGUUAUGAUUGCAGCACUCGACUGUAAUCGAAUUGAGACUGCAGAAGAUUGCAUCCGGAUACUGACAGCUGAGUUUCCCGGUAGUUUGCGUAUCUUGAAAUAUAAGUCAAUGCUGCUGGAAGCAUUAGAACGGUACGACGACGCACUGGACGUGUUAGAUCAGAUCAUCAAGAAAGACGAAACGAAUGCUGCUCCCCGGAAGCGAAAAGUUGCUAUCUACAAAGCUCAAGGAAGAACGGCCGAUGCAAUACGAGAACUGUGUGAUUACAUGAAACGGUUUAUGUCGGAUCAGGAAGGAUGGCACGAGUUGUGUAGCAUAUAUCUCUCUGAAGGGGAGUAUGCCAAAGCGGCAUUCUGCAUGGAGGAAGUGCUGCUGCACAAUCCACACAGUCAUCUAAUUCAUCAGAGGUUGGCGGAUAUACGUUACACUAUGGGUGGUCUCGAUAAUAUCGAAAUUGCAAAAUCGUACUACUGUCAGGCUGUCAAGCUAAAUCAGAAUAAUCUCCGCGCUCUUUAUGGGUUGUUUUUGUGUUGUGGCCAUAUUGCUAAUUCAAAGGCCACCAUCAGUAAGCGGAAGGAGGUUCAAAAGCUGGCGCAAUGGGCGAUCGGGCAGAUUCAGCAAAGAACGAUUUCAUCGGGAGCGGCUUUAUCGAAAAGUAGCAAAUCUACAGAAAAGCAUCCAAAAGAUGAAGUUGCCGCCCUGGAGCAAGCAUUCAGCGGACUGGAUAUUGCCAAAGCAAAUUGACACACCGGUUUCUAGCACCAAUUUUAACGCGCAUCGUCACCAAAUAUCUGCUUGCUUUCAGCCCUGGUUUCUUAACAAAAGUGCUGAUGAGGCCAUUUUGUUAACACGUAUCUGAAGUGAUGCUAUGUAGGUAUCAUAACCUGUCCUUAUAGCACGAAAAGAACAUGGAUUUUUAGUAGCUGUAUAUUGCAUUAUUGAAUGUAACAAUCUGCAUUUCUGUUCCAAGUAAAACAUUCUCUAGAUUACGUACAGUUUUCGUAGCAUUAUUCCAACACAUCGAUAAGCGCAGUAAGAAAUAGGAAUGCUCGGAAAGAUCCCCGUGCAGAGUUGCUGAGUGAACAAAAAGCCAUUUUUUACCAAAAUCGCAUACAUCGGGAGAAAUAUAUCUAUUCGUUACAUGGGCAGCAAUUUGCAUACACGGUUAUUUAGAUUAAACACUUGAAACAUAAAACAGUAAUCCAAUAUACAAAUAUCAUCAAUUAAAUAACAGUUUUAGAAUGUAAUUAUUUGCGCGGUAAAGGCACGUAGAGACGACGGUUAAUAAAAUUUAUUUUUCAUGUCGAA